AUGAAGAAGAAUUUUUAUUAAAGUAUUCCCAAAGAUUUAAAAUGGAGAGAGGAUGAUAUGAUAAUUUAAUCUUAGUUUACAAAAGAGAAUGGCAAAGUUUGCUAUCUCUUAGGGUUUAAUAAUUAUAUUGUUUAUAUGAAAGUAAUCUGAGUAUUUAAUGUAUAGGAUUUGCAAUAAGAGCCAAAAAAAUACAUAAAAUUAGAUUUUGAUAUAAAGUUUGAAAUAUUGAGAGAGAAUGUUGUAAAAAAAAGUGAUGAUGAUGAUUCUUUGGGUUAAAUUAAAGGAAUAAGUAUAAUAAAAGAUUUAGGAAAUGAAACAAUAAUAUAAGAGAAAUAUUUUGGAGGAGAAAGACUCAUUAAGUAAUGGAGAGAGUUUUUGAGCAACAGGAUAAAUUAAUGGCAAUUUCACCAAAUGUUUAGAGUUUACAAAAAAAUUGGGAAGGGAAAUUUUGCAUCAGUAAUUUAACAAAUUAACAGUUUAUAGGUUUAUUUGGCAUAGAAAAUUGAGGAUUCAAAAAAAAUGGCAAUUAAAGCAUUUUCUAAGUAAGCAGCUUAUGCAGAAGAAAAUGGAAAAGAAGCUAUUUUAAAUGAAUUAAAAAUAAUGAGAUAACUGAAUCAUUCACAUAUAAUGUAGAUGUAUGAAGUAUAUGAAACCUAAAAUUCACUAUAUGUGGCACUUGAAUUAUUAGAAGGAGGAUCUUUGUAUGAUUUAAUAAAAGAGAAAACUUUACUCUCAACUACUUAAAUUUAAUAGAUAAUGGUUGGAGUAUUGUAAGGAUUAAAUCAUAUGCAUCAAAAAAAUAUCAUGCAUAGGGAUCUAAAAUUAGAAAACAUCCUAUUUAAAUAGUAAAGGUAUAAAUAAAAUGUAUUUUAGAAAAAUGGAUUCAGUUGUUAUUGCUGAUUUUGGUUUAGCAACUAAAGUUGAUGAACCUGUAUAUUUAUAUUAUAGAUGCGGUACUCCUGGUUAUGUAGCUCCUGAAGUUAUAAAUAUUAAGGAUGUAAAAGGACACUAUAGUGAAGUUUGUGAUAUUUUCAGUUUAGGACUUGUCUUUUACUUAUUAUUAUCUGGGAAAUAAGCCUUUCCUGGUAAAAGUUAUGGAACUGUAGUAAAAUAAAACAGAGAAGCUACAAUAGACUUUAAAAUUAAACAAUUACAAUAAGCACCUAGUUAAGCAAUGGAUCUAAUGAGAAAUAUGCUUGAGAAAGAUCCAAAUAAAAGAAUCUCUGCUUCUGAUUGUUUAAAGCAUCCUUUCCUUGCUGAAAUAAAUAACUAAAUGGCAGAUGAUUCAGCAAAUGAUUCAAUUGAUGAAGGUGAUGAAUUUGGAUAAAUUGCUACAAGAAUGAAUUAAUUAAAUGAAGAGUAUCAUAAUUAUUCUAUAUAUUUACUAGAACUAUUAAAUUUGAUGCCUUCAGAAGAAAUGCCAUUGUAAAUUCUCCAGGUUCACCAGGAAUAUUAGAUACAAAAUAAUUAAAAUAAUAGAAGAUAAUAGACUCUUUAAAUCAAUUAUAAAUGAAUUCUCCUUUGUUAAAUGGAAAAAUAGAAACAUUCGAUAGUAUACCUAAUAUAGGUACUCCAAAAAAUAAAAAAUGUUAAAACACUUUUUAAUAAUCACCUAUGAUUAAACCUUCGUAAUUUAAAUAGUAAUGUAUUAAUUAAUUAAUUUAGAACUCUCCCAUAAUAAUAAUAAAAUUAAGGUAAUCCAUUAUAAAAAUACUCAUAAUAAAAAAAUUGA